GCGAGGCGCAGGGCACCUGCUCGGCCUCCGCGAGCCCCUGGGGCUCCUUUGGCGCCGACGCCAGCCAGGGCGUUUGGCGCGUGGCCAUGGACUAUGUGCUCUUCCGGGAGCAGUCGGCCAAGGUCCGGAUCUACGACCGGGAGGGCGCCGUCGACGAGACGGCCGAGUUCAGCGCCCAGUUGUACCUCAACCGCAUCGCGGAACAGUACGUGCAGCACGCCGCCUGCGACGGGGGAAGCUCAGGGAAGUGUUUCGAUGAGCCCGGCGACUCGCCAUGGAAGCUGGCGUAUGCCUUCGAGCCGCGGACGCAAGCGCCGAACGUCACCUGCGACAACGUGCCCGAGAAGCCGUCGACUUGGUGGGCGCCGUUCAUGGCCUAUCCCACCUUCACCGCGUUCACAGCGCCCUACCCUGGCAUCAUACCAGAGGCCAGCACCGCCUGGAUGGAUACCAUCGCCAACACGUGCGUCUUCGGCGACGGCGACCCCAGGGGUUCGCUCUGCGGGAGCUCCCUCUUCGACAUCAGCCAG